AUGAAUACCCCCGACUCGUCAAAAAAACGCCCGAUGUCACAAAUUGCUGGUCGCAAAGAGGCUGGCUGUGAAGACACGAAGAUUGACGUCAAAAGACCCAAGCUCGAAAGGCCUGAUGCAAAGCCCAUGUUCCUGCGCCCUCCGUUUCGUCAAACACCUGGCCCUGUCACAGCUUCCCAGAAUUACAUACGAAACCUAAUUCUGGAGCGUUGGGAGGCAGAAGUGAAGGCCUGCGAGCAAGCAAAAAAACUGCAACUGUUAGAAAUAGCACCAGGCCCAGCUAUUAGUAUCUUACAAGCGAGCAUACAAAGGCUCGUCGUUGAGCGCUGGGAUGCGGAGGUGAAACGGUGUGAGGAAGCCAAACGGGCGCAGCUUUUAGAGGUACUUCUGGCCGCCCAUGGUAUUUCCAAACUAACGUAG